GUCGCGUUGUGAGAGCCUGCUCUCCCGUCGCGGAUUGGGCCGGCGCAGGCGUCCGGCCAAUGGCAUCUGACUUCUAUACCGAUUCGUACAGUGAAAAUCUCGACGCCUUGUUCGCCAAGAAGGGAGUCGCACACGGCGUGCGCCGCCUGAUUGAGGCAGGGAUCGCAGCGAUCCAUGAUGAUGAUGACGGUGCACUCGCUGCUGCCCUUGACGAGAUGCCGAUCAAUAUCGACUUCUACCCCGUCUCGGCGUGGCCGGCCGGCGACUCGCUCCUCUCCUACGCCGCGCGCCUCUCCGCGCCGCGCUGCGUCACGCUCCUCCUCUCACAGGGCGCGACGCUUGACCUCAAACUAGAGGGUGGCGAUACGGCCCUCCUCACCGCGGUGAUGCAGACCCCCGUGGUGUGGGAAAGCAUGGGCAUCCUCAAGGCAGAGGGAGGCGUAUCCAAAGCUGGCGUCGCCGCCGCCACCCGCGACAGAAUGGCCCGCGCUCUCGACGUCCUGAAGCGCAUCCUCGGCGCGGGCGCAGCCAUCAACCUCGCCGACUCCGACGGCUACUCCCCGCUCCUUCUCUCUGGCCACUUUGGCGCGCCGGAGUUCAUGUCGGUUCUGUUGGACGCCAGCGCCGAGGUUGACCAGCGCGCUGACAACGGCUGGACGCCGCUCGCCCAAGCGGCCUCCGACGGCCGGCUUCGCUGCGUCGAGCUGCUCGUGGGAGCGGGCGCGGCACUUGAUUGCGGAGGAUUGGCCAACGCCGCCGGCAACGGCCACGGAGGCUGCGUCAAGCUGCUGCUCGCCGCAGGGGCGGGCGCCGAUUGCCUGGACCCCGGCGGCCAGACGUCGGCGCUGUGGAAAGCGGCAAAGGAUGGACACCUCGAGUGCGUCCAGCUGCUGCUCGCUUCCGGAGCGGACGCCGGCUUGGCCGUAAUCAAGAAGAGCGGCGACACCGACCCUAUCCGGGGGCCGGGGGGCGGGGAAGGCACCACGCCCUUCUUCAUGGCUUGCCAGAACGGCCACCUGGAGUGCGCUCAGCUCCUCCUUGAGGCUGGCGCCCCGGUGGACAAGCUGCGCGACUUUGACGGCUUCUCUCCGCUGCUGAUCGCCCUGUGCAAUAGCAACCGCGACUGCGCCCGUCUGUGCGUGCGGGCGGGGGCGGACGUCAACCGCGUUGUGAGGGGCGGUGUGACGCCGCUGCUCGUCGCUUGCCAGCUGGGCCUCCUCGACGCGUGCCAGCUGCUCUCCGCCUUCGGCGCCUCUCGCGCCGCUACGCCGCUCGGCACGCCCGAUCAGUGCGCGGUCCAUCACAAGCGUGCCGAUGUGGCCGCUUGGCUGGCCGCCAGCCGCGGCCCCAAGUGGACCCACUACGUCCGGAACGGGGCGCAGGUGAAGUCUUGGCUGCCGCUGCAGCAUCUCGAGGCGAUCACCGUCGAGCGGGCGCGGGCGCUGCUGCGCGGCGGCGACGACCCGCUCGCCGGCGAGCCUUCUGCCCUCGAGCGGGCGCGCGUCCUCUGCUCGUGGGGCGAGUCGGAUCCGACCGCCGCGGCAGUCGGUUCCACCGUCACGAUCCACUCUCUCGUCUCGCGGCCCUCGAUGAACGGCGAGGUCGGCGUCGUCGUCUCAGCGAACGCCUCGACGGGCCGUUUCGGCGUGCAGGUGGCGGGCGAGGCCAAGGCCCUCGCACUAAGGCCGGCCAACCUGCAGCCAGCGGCCGAGGCGGUGGAGGUGGGCAGGCUCAUCCUCAAGGCGGCGGAGUGGUCGCCGCAGUCGCACGAGCUCUUCCCGGAGGCGGCUCGCAAGCGGGCUGUCGAGGUGAUGCGGUUGGGCUACCUGAUCGCGUGGGACGAGGAGCGCUUCGAGGGCCGCGCGGGGCCGGAGCUGCUGGACUGCUGGCGUAGCUUCGUGGUGCCCAAGGUCGUCGAGCGCGAGGAUCGUGAGCGCGAGUUGCGCGAGUUGCGCCGCGUCUCGGAAAAGAUGGCGGCGGGCGCGGGCGCGAUGGGAGCGUUUGUCCUCGAUCCCACCCAGUUCUGACCGCCAUAGGAUUCCUAUACCCCUAAUGCACGCGAGUAGAUCGGACGUAGAGCGAUCCUUGGGAGGUCGCAGGGUCCCCUCUCCUUUGGGGGCGGGGCCAGCUCGGUUGUCAUGCCGCGCGUACACUGUCGUAAUGCUGUCUUUGUUUGCAUUGGUGUUUUGCUGUGUUUGUGUGUGUGUGUGUGUGGCCGCCUCCUGCGCGCUCUAGGCGGGGGUGGGCCUCUACCUGCAUGUACUGUCGCGGUGCCUGCCGCCUGCCAGCCUGCCUGCCUGCGCGCAACCGUGAUUUUUAUUGACAUUUUACGUGAGCGCGAUCAU